AUGAAAAAAGCUGGAGACUCGGCUCUUCUUAAGUUAGGAAAGCUACCUGCAAGUGGGGAAGUCACUAAUUGGAAGCGUAUACGACAGGGAAGAACCGUUGUUGAAGAGCAUGACGGGAAAGUAGUGCCUCCCGAGAGUAGUCCUGUUGUAGUAUUUCCCAAAGAAGGGGAACUUGGAAUUGGACACGUGAAGACUUCUGAUUUCGGUGUAUACUGGUCACCAGAUUUGAACCCUGUGGAUGGGAAAGUAGUGCCUCCCGAGAGUAGUCCUGUUGUAGUAUUUCCGAAAGAUGGGGAACUUGGAAUUGGACCCGUGAAGGCUUCUGAUUUCGGUGUGUACUGGUCGCCAGAUUUGAACCCGGUGGUGAGUAUUGCCUACAGUGUUUGUUGACA